CUGAUCAUCAAUGGAGACGACGAGUAUAGCUGCAGCAGAGACGUCGGAAGCGAUAAUGCAGCCAGAGAAGAAGAAGAAACUGAAGGUGAUGGUGGGAAUUGACGAUAGUGAAGAGAGCUUUUACGCACUGAAAUGGAGUCUCGAUAAUCUUUAUUGUAUAGCUCCGGAAGCGAGCCAGGAUGGCUCCGAUGGCUACAAACUCUCUCUGGUUCAUGUUCAACAUCCUUUUCAGCACUUCGUCUUCCCCGCUGGUCCCGGUGGUGCAACAUUUUAUGCAACACCUUCAAUGGUGGACUCUGUGAGGACAGCCCAGGAAGAAAAUUCUGCAGCUCUACUCUCUCGCGCACUACAAAUGUGCAAAGAUAAGCUGGUGAAAGCAGAAACUCUGAUUCUUAAUGGAGAUCCAAAGGACAUGAUUUGUCAAGCUGCGGAACAAAUGCACAUUGAUCUUCUUGUUCUCGGAAGCCGCGGCCUCGGCAAGAUUAAAAGAGCAUUUCUGGGCAGUGUAAGCGACUAUUGCGCGCAUCAUGCCAUAUGCCCUAUCACCAUUGUGAAGCCGCCGAAGGAACGAAGCAAGUAGUGGUAAUAUCUUUAAGGGUUUUAGAUAUGAAGAAAGGAAUAUAUAUAGUUGUGUUUA